AAUCUCUCCACCGAACACAAACAUCAGUAGGCAGUGUCGCACGUGGACGCAUGGAGAAUGCAAGCAGUCAUCACAGGAAGGAAAGACCAAAGAUCUCCUAGUGACGGCAAGCAGGACAAGGAAGAUAGUACUAGAGGAAGGAAAGAUUUUCGCGAAGAAAGGAUGAAGGCUCAAGAGAAAGGAUUCGAGUUCCAAGAGAACAGGGUGGAGCUAAACGGAAAAGGGGUGGAGCUAAACGGAAAAGGGGUGGAGCUAAACGGAAAAGGGGUGGAGCUAAACGGAAAAGGGGUGGAGCUAAACGGAAAGGGGGUGGAGCUAAACGAAAAAGGGGUGGAGCUAAACGAAAAAGGGGUGGAGCCAAACGGAAAAGGGGUGGAGCUAAGAGAAAAUGGGGUGGAAUCCAAAGAAAAAGAGGCUGAGAUACUAGAGACAGAGGUGGAGUCAACUGCGAAGGAGAAAGAGCUGAAUCCACUCGAAGAAAGGAUGGAUCCCUGUGAGAAAGAGGGAAAAUCCCAAGAAGAAGGGAGCGAGCCCAAAGAGAAAGGGACAAAACUUCUUGCAAAAGGCGUGGCGUCUCAGAAGAAUGGGGAAGAAUCACGAAGGACGGACCAACCUAGAAACGGGGAGGAGGAGUCAUCGGAGAACAGAAUGCAAGUACCCGGAACUGAGGCAGCAUCACUAAACAGGGAAACCAAAAGGAAGGAAGAGAACCUGGCGUCAAAGGGAGGUAAAGUGGAUCGCUAUUAUGUCCUAGGUCAGCAAAUGAACAUAGAAGAAGACCUCUGUCACGAGUUCAAAGGUCACCGCAGCAUCUCCAUCCACGACCUUCACAACCUGUGCCUGAACACCAAUGGGACGGCAGAGCGCAGCCGCAAUGCCGUUUCCAUAGCUAUGUGUGCUAUGCUGAACUCGAGUCACGGCGGCACGAUUUAUCUCGGAGUGGCAGACGACGGCAUGGUGAAAGGCAUGGGACUUACUAGGUACCAGCGCGACCACGUAGAGGCAUCUGUCAGGUGGACGCUGAGCAAGUACACCCCACCUGUAAACGAAUCUCGGUAUUGCGUCAGAUUCGUGCCAGUGGUUUCCUCCAAACACGCCCAGGGGUCUUUUAAGUUCCAGGAAGAAAAAGUGGACGAGGAAAGACGUGGUCGACCCCAUCACGUGCUUGCGCUCAGCCCAAUUACUGCUGGUGUGAUAUGGACGCCUCGGCUCUGCGGGCUCUUUUUCUACCACAAUGUUUUCUAUAACUACCGGGCAAGACUUCCAAACUACAUAUCCACACCGCAACAUGCAAUCUCGAUCUGCCACAUAGCACUCGAUCUCACAGACCACACUGUAUUCCAACCUACUGACUUUGAACUGAUGUGA